AUUGUGUUUCCGUCCACAGGAUACAGUUUUUGAAGCGGAAUGAGGCGACAAUCAAACAGCGCUUGCCUAAGCGCAGGAAGUAGCAUUGGCGAACCACAAAUCAUUGUGGAGGAAAGCGCACAAGGUGAAGAGGAAGAGGAGCUACGGAGGAACGAAUCACCACCGCGAUCUCUGGAUCCAGAUUUACCAUCCUUGAAUCCUGAUCUGUUAUAUCCCUGGAGGGAAACCAGAAAGCACUCUUUGCCAACACCGCAAUGCACUUCCGGGAUAACCGCAUCCCAGGUGAGGCGAUUGAGCGAGCGUGGUGGCGAAGGGUCAGGACCAUCGCCGAGGGAAGCUGCCUUCUUGGCAACCCUAUCUCAAGCGCCAGCUCCGCAGGCUGGCGGCAGGAGGCAUUCCAUCGUAACAAUCUCUAAAUUGCCAACGACUCCAUUUGGACGUAAUCGCCGGGAAUCUAUCGCCGCUUUCCCCCUAGGAGGAGCUACUAGAAUAUUACCUAGCCGCCGCGACUCGAAAUCUGGUUUGUCAGGCCCACCGAGUAACAGUGGCAGCACUCAUAAUCUUCAGCUGGACAUUAUGGACAAUAUUGCGGAAAUUAAACCGAGAAAGGUUCGCUUGAAGAUGUACAAAACGUCGACAGAGCAGGUAUGCGAGAUUCAGCCAUUGGAAGGUAACAACAGUUCCUCUCAGCGUUACAUACAAUACCAGAAAACAUCGCCUCUGCAAAGACGAAACUCGGAAAUGCCAAGAACUAUGGGCGCGUCUGGUUCCGGGACAGCGGGCAUCGUCUGCUCGAACACCGAUCUGAUAUCGAUUCUAAGCUCGUUAGCAACAUCGGCAACGGAAAUCAAUUGGUGCGGAGAGGAAGCCUCGAGCUUACGGGAAGAAAGCAAGUCGAGUUGGUCUGGUAAGACGACCGAGCAAAAGCGAAAUCGACUGAAAAGCUUUCGCUCGAACAGCUUUGACGUGUCCAUCCUUCACGAGGCCAAGGAGAAGCUUGCUGGAACUUCGAAAGCAGCCGCCACCUCUGUCAUGGCGCCCUCAAAUUGGUUUACUAAGAGGCAUCAGCCGAUGUCGAAAAAACAGAAACCGGAGAGCCUGAUCACGACCAGUUUGAACUUCAAGCUCGAUAAAUCGAAGGUUGUAAAAGCGAUGAAGGGAACGCUCGGUAAAAGCUCUCCUCUAGGGGAUAGACACAAUGUUCUCUGGGAUGACACCAGCGGUACCAAAGUAGAUGCUCAGAAAGUUGGUUUCCAGGUGUUUGGCACCGCCAUCGAGAAAAUACUGACCGCGCAAAAAGGAAAUGAUGGUGAAGCAUCCGGAUCAUCCGGGAAACCAUCGGUAUCACCAAACAAACAAAAAACCGGCAAAGUGACCAGUUGGUUUUCCGGCAAUGCAAAGGAACAGGAGCAAAGCGAAUCCUGCGAGCAAUCGAUUUGCUCGUCUCUAAAAGAUCUCUUCGUUAAGUAAUCCGCAAGUACAUUUCUUAAUAAUUUAUUCAAAGACUAACACGACCUAAUGAGUAAUCUAUUAACCGUUAAUUAUAAUUUGUCGUAUUGUAAAUAAUUAUUUUGUCCGCAAAAGAUUAAAUGGAACUUAUAUCGAAUUGUCAGGUUUCAAUUUGUUCGUUACAAUCUACAGGGUAACUCAAAAGUAAGGUCUAAUGAACAUGGGUCCUAAAAAUGAUUAGUCAUGUCUUUACGAGUUUUCGAAUUCAUGAUCAUGUGUAUUAUCAUCGUUUUAAAAAGCUUGGACGAUCAUCCAAAGAAAAAAUAAUUAUACGUAUUUCGUGUGUGUUUUUUGUGCAAAUAGAAUCCAAAGUUCAAAGAAAAUUUCAAAUUUGAUCCAAGUACUCGUUUUCUCUCUGAUACAUACUGUUUGGUAAGUGGCAAAUGUAAAAUCAGAGUCAAAUAAGUGCGAAAGAAAAGAUUACACGGUAACCAACAAACUUACCUAUUUUAUCAGGUCAUUUCAUGUGGAUGGCAUAUUAUUUCAAAUGCAACAUAAUUAAAAUUAAUAAGAACAUCUUACAAAGAAACAAUAAAUUUUCGCUGCUAUAAAUAAAUUUAUCGGUAACAUGAUUUAUUAAUUUUAACUAUUAUGAAACGUACCGAGUAAAUAACAUAUUCUCUCUCUCUCUCUCUCUCUCUCUCUCUCUCUUUGGUUCUUUAAUAAUUCUUUGCAGUUCUUUUGAAUCUCUAAUCCUCCAUUUUUAAUUAUAUUAACCAUUUUUUGACAAUAGUGUUGUGCAUACAGUAUCGUGCAAAAAUUCGAACAAUGGCAAGUUUUUAUAGUAACACUGAUGUGCUGAAUUUUAACUCCUUUUUUAUGUUUUUCUAGUCUCUUCGAAACACGUAAUUUAAAAUAAAAUUUUAAAGAUAUUUAAGUUACUUUAUUCGCGCGCGAGCAAACAUUCACAAAAUUUUGGAAUAUAGACAACAAAACCUGAACAAAAAUAAUCGCAAUUAUCAUUUUAUACUAACAACUGAUUUUAAUGUCAUUAAACAAGUGACCUGAUGAAUAUAGACAGUCAAUAGGUGUAGCUUUUAAUACAUAAAUGUAUUGUCACAUAAAUGUUGUUACACGCGAAAUGUCGUUUUUCAUACGAGCUACAGAGAUACACAAUAUUUUCAAAUUUUGUCUCAACAAUUGACUUUUAAAGACAACUGAUCUUUCGUCAGUUUAAUAAAAACGGUACAAUGAAAUAAAAAUAAGUAUUUAUAUCUCCUGUUACAAAUUUUGAAGUCGGCAUUUUAGUGUGUAUCAACGUAUUAGACUUCGAAGCUGAAGUUUCGAAGUAUAAUUAAACAAUGUCGUACAAUAAAUGUUGUAUGGUGUUCUGUAAAAGAAAAUCUCUUUUUUAUGAAGAAGUAAAAUUCAAAAUGGAAAUGUUAUUAUUGUUGAAAAGACUAAAAGUAAUCGUAAUGACAAUUUAACGACAAUCCGUCAAAAUUAGAUCAGUCAGUAUGAUGAUUUUUAUCAUACUUCGAUAUUCAUAAAAAUGAAAUACUCGACGUUGAUAAUAUCACUGUUGUAUCAAAAGAAUACUCAACGUUACUAGAAGAAAUAUUAUACGUGUAUUUAUUUGCCUUUGCUGGACAAAGGCUCGUCAAAAUAAUUGUAAUAUAUUAUAUGAAUACAUAUAUACAUAUAUUGUGUGUAUAAGAAUUGACGUAUACUUUUAAUAAAUGAUGCGCUAAUUUAAUUUGUAUAGUAGAAUUAGAAAAAACUGUCGUGUAGAUCAUCAGAAUGUAAGUAAUCUUUAUUUUGCCUCAAGAUGUCCUUAAAAUAUUCUACAAAAUGAACAAGUGCAAAUAAUUAUGGCAAUUUUAUGGAUAUACGACAUGUUGAAAAGAAAUAUGGACAUAUUAAAUAUACAUGUUUCAUUAAAAAUUACUGUUACCCUA